GCUAGAGGGCGUGGGUACUCCAAAUCUGGUUUUCCCCAUAUGGUCGUAUACGGACAUAAACAACAAGAUUUCUGGGUUUUCCAAGCUAAGAAGAGAUUCACUGUAAAAUUAAUGUUUUCAAGAAAGUUUUGAUGAAAAUUGGUACAAGAUGAGUGAUGCUGAUACAGGCUCAGAUGACAGCAAGGACAGCAAUACUGUUGGUGUCCCACAAUUCCUUGUUGUAAACAAUGUACACAUGUUGAAUGGAGACCACCACCAUGUUAAUAUGUAUGAGGAAACGGUGGAUGAUGAGGCCAAACCCUACAUAGAGAUAGUAGAACAACCACAGUCUAGAGGAUUUCGUUUUAGAUAUGAGUGUGAAGGGCCGUCACAUGGUGGUCUUCAGGGAGAGAAAAGUGAAAAGUAUCGUAAAACAUUCCCAGCUAUCAAAAUAAGAAACUACAAUGGUCCAAGUCGUGUAGUGGUUAACUUGGUAACAGAUGAACCAGUUCCUAGACCACAUGCUCAUAAAUUGGUUGGAAAAAACUGCAGUGAUGGUGUAUGUACAGUAGAUGUCAAAACUGGACAAAAUACUGUCACUUUUGCCAAUCUCUGUGUACAACAUGUGACAAGGAAGAAGUCAGCGGAAGUUAUAGAACAAAGAAUUAUAGAAUCUAUGAAGAUGGAUAAAAUGGUCAAAUUAGGAAACCUCAAUGAACAAGCAUACUUAUCAGAGGAUGAAUUGGCACAAGCAAAACAGCAAGCAGAGAAGCAAGCCAAAGAUAUGCAGUUAAAUGUUGUGAAACUUUGUUUCCAGGCUUACCUUAAAGAUGGCAAUAAUUUAAUUAGUAAAGUCUUACCGUCAGUUUUAUCAUCACCAAUCUAUGAUAGCAAGGCACCAGGGGCGAAUGUUCUGAAGAUCUGUAGAAUGGAUAAAUAUGGAGGGUCUUGCAAAGGAGAUGAAGAAGUUUUCCUUCUGUGUGAAAAAGUACAGAAAGAUGACAUUAGUGUAAGAUUUGUGGAACAAGAUGAAGAUGGAAAUGUUGUAUGGGAGGCUUUUGGUAAUUUUGGUCCAUUUGAUGUACAUAGACAGUAUGCCAUAGUGUUUAAGACUCCUGCUUAUAAAGAUCCAACUAUUGAUCGGACAGUGAAUGUGUUUAUUAUGUUACAAAGAAAGUCAGAUGGAGAGACAAGUGAUCCCAAGUCAUUUACAUACUAUCCCCAGAAAGAUGAAAUAGAUGAGUUACUCAAGCAUAAAAGAAGUAAGAAGAUGCCAAGUUAUCCUGGCCCAGGGAACUUUGGUGGACCAGGAGGGAACAACUCUAGUAGAAAUAACAUCAAUAUUGCUGGAAUCCAAGCAAACAAUCCAUUCAGCCAAACGAGUCAAGGAGGUAACCUCCCGAUCACUGUUAACCAAGAUACUAUGGAUACUACUCCUAUAUCGAAUGCACAACAGCAGCAACAGCUGCAACAGGCAAUUAGAAUGACAGCAGCUCCAGUACGUCGUGCUCGACCAAGACAAACUGCUAGCGUUAAUGAUUUAACCACAGAUGGUGAAAGCCAAUUGCCUACCCUCUUUUCCCAAGAUAUCUUCAUGCAACCACAAGGCCCACCAAUGAUGAUGCCACAACAAGAUAUGAAACAAAAUGUAUACCCUGACCCUAACCUAAUGUAUUUCCAGCAGUUUGCAGUUGGUAAUCAACACAUACCAUUUCAACAGUUGCAACCCCGUGGAUCACAACUGACUCCUCGUGGCACUGUCAUACGACAAGCCCCUAGUCACAAUUUCGGUGGUGAUGGUAGACGAGGCUAUGAUGAGACAGACAGUGUUCCAUCGAAGCAAAUGGGGGGAGUGUGCUUUCCCCCUGCAGAACCGUAUGGUCAUCAAGGAUUUUUCAAAUCAGCAUCUGAUUCAGUAUUAUCAGGGAAAAUUAUGGAUAACGGGAAUGAAGGACUUGAACGAAUUGCUCCGUUUGAAUGUCAGAUGCCUCCCAGUGACUUCACCGCAAGAGAUGAUUCAAGACAAAUUAAAACUGAGGACUAUGGCAUCGAUAUAUUUCAAAAGGACGAAAAAAUUGAGGACAAUGAGGAUGAAAUGAAAGAGGAAGAAAAAUGUUUGAAAACUGUACAAGAGGACGUGCUAGAAAAUAAAGUUGACAAUAUGGAAGAUUCUGAGAUGACGUCAGAUGAUCAAAAUAAACAAAAUAUGGAUAUUAAAGACCAAAGUGAACAUGAAAUAUCUGUCAAAUCUCAAUCACAGGAUUUUAGUGCACAAACAGAGAGUGAUGAUGUUAUGCACAUUGUUGAUAGAACUUCAAAGGCAUUACAGUUUUAUGCUGCUACAGGAAAUAUAAAGCAGUUAUUAUUUGUUCAGCGCCAUCUACUCUCAAUAUCAGAUGAUAGUGGCGAUCUACCUCUACACACAGCCAUCAUAAAUAAUCAGUUAGAAGUCAUACAUAAUCUCCUAGACGUCAUGUCUACAUUACCAUACUGUAGAUACAAAUCUAGUGCUUACAAUAGUCUUAGACAGACGCCACUUCAUUUAGCGGUACUGAUGGGACAGCCAAGUGUAGUUGACAGGUUGUUAAAUGUUGGAGCUGAUCCAACCAUGGUUGACAGAAAAGGCAAUACCCCUGCACAUCUAGCCAUAUUGUACGGGGCAGAUUCAUGUCUUGCUAUUCUAGUCAGAUACCAAAGAUGUAAUGCAGCCAAAAAUAAACCAUUCCCAGAGCUAGAUCUCAAGAACUUUGAUGGAUUUUCUACUGCCCAUCUUGCAGCUAUAACACAGAAUUGUAAUGCUAUGAAACUGAUAUCAAAAGGAAAAGGGAAUAUAAACAUGCCCGAUGGUAAGAGUGGAAGAACUCCCCUACAUCAUGCUGUAGAGAGAGAUGAUCUAACUACUGUUGGAUAUCUAAUAUUAGAGGCUAGGGCAAAUGUAAAUGCAUGUUGUUUUGAUGGUAAUACACCUCUACAUGUUGCCUGUGCAAGACAGAAUGUUGGUAUUGUGGCAUUAUUGAUAGCUGCCGGAGGUGACCCUGAGAUGGAAAAUGAUGAAGUUAAGGAAGAACUGUAUGAUGAAUUUGAGGGAGUUCAAGAUGACAAACAACUGGGAGAUAGUUCCUCAAGUACCAGUGCACAUUUGGAUUGUUAUAAACCAGAAGAUUUUGCUAUGGACAAUGAAAAGGUUUUGAGAGUACUACGAGGAGAGCCAUACUCAAAUGUCAAAGAGCUAGAUCAAACGAACCGUGACUACAUACAUACAACAGAAUAUUUCUCAUCGCUAUCUAUACAUGAUAUACAACUAACAAACCAUGAAACUUCAGACCCAUCACAGGAAGGUGAUCUGCAUAAGUUGAUGUACCCUGUGCGAGUUCAGAUUUCUAAAAUGUUGGACCCACCAUGUGAAGGUGGAGACUGGAUUGCUUUAGCUAAUGCUCUUGGUUUAUUUGAGCUGAUGGACAGUCAGAGUUCAGGAUACAGUCAGACAAGAGUCUUACUGAAUUUUUAUGAGGAAUAUGGAGGAACAAUCUCUUACCUAAUGGAAUGUUUAACAUCAAUGGGUAGAAUGGAUGUUGUAUCAUUGAUAUCACAGUAUCAUUCAUCUAGUUCAUUAAAGAAAAGUAGUACAAAUAUAAACUAUUACGAUUCAGGAUUGAGUUCCGGUGAUGUCAAACCAUUACAGACUUUAACGGCAGCUACAUAAUCAUUUAUCAUCUAUAUCUUCAUUAUCCUGUAUAUGAUCAUAAACAACUUUUUUGUCUUGUUUACUUGUUUUAAAUCACACGUUGGUUGAGUUAUUUUUAUUGACUACAUGGAUUUGUUUUAUUAAUUAUCAGUUAUGAAUUUAUUUUACAUCAGUUCAUAUUUUAUGAUUAUGAAUUGACAAUUAAUUAUGUAGAUGGUCAUAUGUGCUGUAUAUAAGACUAUAAACAUGUCAUGUUUUGAUAAGGUAGUUUUACAACCUUGAUUAUGCCACGAUCAGAAAAAGAGAGGGAGACAGUGAGGUCAAAAUUUAGUACUAUAGGUAACCAAGGGACCAUGAUAGAGUAGUAUUAUUUAUAGUGAUGUCAUUUUAAAUGAGAAAAAAACAUGAAUUUUGCUAAGAACAACUGAAUUGUAAAAAAAUACUUCAAUUUGUAUUGUGCAGAAAUUGUAUAGCAGUAGCAUUUUGGUAUAUUUUUAUGUUGUUCAUUAGUUAAACAGAAUUUGAUAUUGCUCAUGUAAAAUAAAUAUAUAUGUAUUUUUGA